CCGUCCCUGCCAAGCUAAUAGCAACACUCCCCAAAAAGCACCUUACCCUCUGUUUUCAUCAUCUUCACCAACCGAAAAAAUCCUUCUCUCUCUCUCUAAACUCAGAGAACGAGACCAGACUCGCCAGAGCAGAGAUGAAGAUAAAGAACAAAGGCAAAGUCCACCCAUCUCCCUCCUCUUCCGCUUCCCACUCUUCUUGCGGCGCCAGCAGAGACGUCCUCUCCGUCACAAGGCUCUUGCCGGCAGCCAUCCUCGCCCUCGUCUCCGUCCUCUCCCUCGAGGACCGCGAGGUCCUCGCCUACAUGAUCACCAGGUCCCUCGACACCACGACUCCCGCCGCCAGCGACGGCUCCGGCAGGAAGAAGCAGCAGCCGCCGAAGAGGGGGGCGGCGGCGUCGCCCAGCUUCGACUGCGACUGCUUCGACUGCUACCGGAGCUACUGGCACAGGUGGGACUCGUCGCCCAACAGAGAGCUCAUCCAUCAGGCCAUCGAGGCCUUCGAGGACCAUCUCGCCCUCGGCGAGCUCAGCAUGAACAAGAACGGCGGCGGCGGCCGAGGCAAGGCCAAGCGACGCGAGCGUGACAGCAAAAUGGCCCGUCGGGCCGUCUCGGGCCAACCCGAGCCCGAGCCCGAACCCCAGAUGCCCGUGAUCGAGACUGCCCCGCCGUCCGAGUCCGAGGACAGAGUCCUCGUUCCGCUGGAGAAUGAAGUGGUGUUUUCACCUACGCCGGUUACCUCUCCGGAGAGGGCUAGAACGGAGAAGCUUCCUGAGGAGGCCGAGCUGAGCUGCCAGCCUCCGGCUGCGGCUCAGGUGGUUGGCGACGUGGCGGCGAGGAGCGCUCGGGCGGCGGUGAGUAGCCACAAGGGUUUGGCGAGGAAGGUGUUGCCGGACGUGUUGGGGAUACUGAACUCCCGUUUGUGGAGCCUUUGGAGUCCGAAUAUGUAGUCAAAACUAUCAUGAAAAGUCCUCUGUUUUUUCAUUAAUUAAUCAAUCAAUCAAAUCCAUCUCCUUCUUUGUCUUU